AUUAAGAAAUGGAAAUUAUUAGAAAAUUCAUUGAAUCAGGCGUUAUUUUGCGGAAAUCCAUAAUUAUCCAGUUAUUAUCCAAAAAAAAUGGAUUACAACUUAUUGUCAAUAGGCAGGGAGCGUAAAUUUCACGCCCGUUUCGUCAUUAUGACUUAUUAAUAUAAAUCGUCAUGCAAGACUUGAAAAUGCGUUAGUUUUUCAAUAAGGUACAAGCAGGCAAUGGGUUACGAGCAUUCCGACGAGGAUGGUGCACACGGUGCCGGUGAUGAGACCUGCCUUGGCGAAGGCUUGCGGCAUAGCAAGGAUACCAGUACCGAUGCCAACUCGCAGCAAGUGAAACAAAGUCUCCAGAUUUCUGGCGAGGGUAAGGGAGGACAUUAUACAAACAUGUUCGUGUACGAGUUUAUGGCUGGUAUUGUGGAUACCAUCGCUGGCGACGAGGAGGACUUUGACCCUCAUUUACAUCGGAAAGUUGACAAACCUACUUCUUACUCGGAUACUAUGAUACAUUUGCUGAAGGGCAGUAUCGGCGCCGGCGUAUUAGCAAUGCCCAACGCUUUCUCUCGCAUGGGAGUGUUUGGUGGUAUCGCUGGUAUAAUUAUUGUUGGCAUAUUUGCUAUCGCCAGCAUACAGUUACUUAUUGCUACACAAUAUACACUUUGCAAGAGGCAUCGUCGUGGGUAUAUUGCGUAUCCCAGGUCUAUGUUCAUGGCGCUCCAAGAUGGACCAGCGUGGCUGCGAUGGGCUUCUUCACCCCUCUACUACUUUGUAGACUUUGUACUCAUCAUGUGGCAACUUGGUAUUUGCUGCAUUUACUGCGUUUUUGUCGCUGAAAAUGUGAAACAGGUAUUCGACUAUUAUAAUCAAGAGGUAUCACUCAGAAUCCAUUUAUGCUACCUUUUAAUACCACUCACGAUAUUGGGUCUAGUGAAAGACCUGAAAUUGAUGACACCACUAUCAACGUUAGCCAACGCUGUCACUAUUCUAGGAUUCUUGCUAGUGUUGUUCUACCUUGUUGAAGAUGAUGUGGUAUUGGACAAUGAGAAGAUGAACCUAAAGUCGUUGGGAGAUGUGCCAGUAUUCUUAGGAAUUGCAUUAUUUGCCCUCGAAGCCGUCGGUGUAGUAUUAGCUUUGGAAUAUAAUAUGGAGCAGCCGAAAAGGUUCGUGGGACUGUGUGGGCUGUUUAAUAGAGGAAUGGUUAUAAUAUUGUUGCUUUAUAUAGCGAUGGGGGUCUUUGGAUACCUCAAGUACGGCGACGACAUUAAGGCUUCAAUUACCCUUAAUUUGCCCCAAGAACAAAAAAAAGCUCAAGCAGCCAAAUUGACAUUCGCACUCUCGAUAUUCCUAUCAUUUCCUCUACAAAACUUCGUUGCAUAUUCUAUACUUUGGCGAAAAGUCAAGAAGAAAUUUCGGGAGACAAACUCAUCAAGACUAAUAAUUCUGGACUAUAUCUUAAGAAUUCUGUUGGUUAUUAUACCGUGGUCAGUUGCUGUAAUGGUGCCGCAGUUGGGUCCAUUUAUUGCGUUAUUUGGCGCAUUCUGCCUAUCUUUGCUGUCUAUGGUGUUCCCUGGGUUGAUGGACGCCUGUGUGUGGUACCCAAACGAGUACGGCUUCUGUCAAUACAAACUAUUACGGGACGUCAUAAUCAUCCUGGUCGGAAUGGCUUGCCUCAUCUCUGGCUGCUACACUAGUAUCCUAGAGAUAAUUGAAGAGCUUUAAUGAUACCAUCCUUCAUUGGGUGUUUGAAACACAUCGAAUUUUUGUGAGGCACAGCACACAAUGAAAGCGAGCCAUUUACCUAAGUAAUAAUUGUUGAAAUUAAUAC